GCGGCAGUGGCGGCAGUGGCGGCAGCGCGGCGCAGGCACCGGCCCGGGAGCAGCACCAUGAGCGGAUCACAGAACAAUGACCUGAAAAGACAGUUUCUGCUGGAGCGACUCCUGGAUGCUGUGAAACAGUGCCAGAUCCGCUUUGGAGGGAGGAAGGAGAUCGCCUCGGAUUCCGACAGCAGGGUGACCUGUCUGUGUGCCCAGUUUGAGGCCGUCCUGCAGCAUGGCCUGAAGAGGACCCGGGGACUGGCGCUAACGGCGGCCGCGAUCAAACAGGCAGCAGGCUUCGCCAGCAAAACAGAGACAGAGCCGGUGUUCUGGUUCUACGUGAAGGAGGUCCUCAGCAAGCACGAGCUGCCACGCUUCUACUCCCUGCGCCAUAUCGCCUCGGACGUGGGCCGCGGCCGGGCCUGGUUGCGCUGUGCCCUCAAUGAACACUCCCUGGAGCGGUAUCUGCACAUGCUCCUGGCAGACCGCAACAGGCUCAGCACUUUUUAUGAAGACUGGUCUUUUGUGAUGGAUGAAGAAAGGGCUAGCAUGCUUCCUACCAUGGCAGCUGGUCUCAACUCUAUCCUCUUCGCAAUCAACAUUGACAACAAGGAUUUAAAUGGGCAGAGCAAGUUUGCUCCUACCGUCUCGGACCUUUUGAAAGAGUCCACGCAGAACGUGACCUCCUUGCUGAAGGAGUCCACGCAGGGCGUGAGUAGCCUUUUCAGGGAGAUCACAGCGUCCUCUGCCGUCUCCAUCCUCAUCAAGCCCGAGCAGGACACAGAGCCCCUGCCUGUCGUGUCUAAGCACGUCGGCACCGAUGCCAAAUGUAAAAAGGAGCGGAAGAAGAAGAAGAAGGUGACCAACAUCAUCUCAUUUGACGACGAGGAAGAGGAGCAGAACCCUGGUGAUGUUUUCAAGAAGAUUCCCGGCGCCGGGGAGAGUUCUGAGGAGAACUCUGACCGCUCCUCUGUCAACAUCAUGUCAGCCUUUGAAAGCCCCUUCGGGCCAAAUUCCAAUGGAAGUCAGAGCAGCAACUCAUGGAAAAUUGAUUCUCUGUCUUUGAACGGGGAGUUUGGGUACCAGAAGCUCGAUGUGAAAAGCAUCGAUGACGAAGAUGUGGAUGACAACGAGGAUGAUGUGUACGGAGGGAACGUGUCUGGAAGGAAGUGCCUGGGCCACUCGGGGUCACCCGGGAAGCCUCUGGACGUGAACGCCCACCUCUCCCAGAUGCACAGCUGGGCCCCGCUGCAGGUGCUCCAUGGCGACGCCGAUGUCCUCUUUCCGGUCAGCGGAGUGGGCUCGUACGGCCCCGCAGAUGCCCCCCUCGGAAGCCUGGAGAACGGGACGGGACCGGGGGACCACGUUCUCCCGGAGUCUGGGCCCCGGUACAGUGUGGAAGCCAGUCCUCCGGGCCAGGGAGGCCCUCUGAGCAGCCUGCUACCUUCCGCCUCAGUGCCAGAGUCGAUGACCAUCAAUGAACUGCGACAAGCCAUUGUGGCCAUGAUGAACCGGAAAGACGAGCUGGAAGAAGAGAACAGGUCUCUGCGGAACCUGCUUGACGGGGAGAUGGAGCAUUCCGCGGCGCUCCGGCAGGAGGUCGACACCUUGAAAAAGAAGGUGGCGGAGCAGGAGGAGCGGCACGUCAUGAAGGUCCAGGCGCUGGCAAGAGAAAACGAGGUGCUCAAAGUCCAACUGAAGAAAUACGUAGGAGCUGUCCAGAUGCUGAAAAGAGAAGGUCAAACAGCUGAAGUUGUACCAAACCUUUGGAGUGCUGAUGGAGAAGUUACAGUCCCUGAGCAGAAGCCAGGAGAAGUCGCCGAGGAGCUGGCGAGCUCCUACGAGAGAAAGCUCAUCGAGGUGGCGGAGAUGCACGGCGAGCUGAUUGAGUUCAACGAGCGCCUGCACAGGGCCCUGGUGGCCAAGGAAGCCCUGGUUUCCCAGAUGAGGCAGGAGCUCAUCGACCUGCGCGGGCCGGUGCCUGGAGAUUUGAGUCAAACAUCUGAAGACCAGAGUUUGUCGGAUUUUGAAAUAUCGAACCGGGCGCUGAUCAACGUCUGGAUCCCGUCCGUGUUUCUCCGGGGCAAAGCGGCGAACGCCUUCCAUGUGUAUCAGGUCUACAUCCGGAUCAAAGAUGACGAGUGGAACGUGUAUCGGCGGUACACAGAGUUCAGGGGUUUGCACCACAAGUUACAGAACAAGUUCCCUCAAGUGAGGGGCUACAACUUCCCACCCAAGAAGGCCAUUGGAAACAAGGAUGCCAAGUUUGUGGAAGAGCGGAGGAAGCAGCUCCAGAGCUACCUGCGCAGCGUCAUGAACAAAGUCAUCCAGGUGGCCCCUGAGUUCGCCACCAGCCCCAAGAAGGAGACCCUGGUGCAGCUGAUGCCCUUCUUUGUCGACGUGGCUCCACCCGGAGAACCGCUGGCCACGAACAGCCGACCCAAAGCGGCCCCCCGCUUCCCCAAGCUGUCCCGAGGUCCCCCCAGAGACACACGCAGCGUGGAACCGCAGAGCGGCGACCUCUGACCUCAGCAGCACCCCAGACUCGGGCCCUAGGUGCUGCGCCAGCUGCCUCUACCCAGCCACACUGCGCGUGACCCGGCCGCAGCCGCUGGCCCCUGACUCCCCGGAGGGACAACCACAUCAGCCUGGUGACCCCUGAGAGCACCCUCCCACCCGUGCCAGGCCCCUGAUUAAACUGCUCAGUCUCCGAGGACAAGGGGGCUCCUCGCGGGCCAGACUUGGCCACACGCACACUCCCCCGGGGGGCCGGCGGGAGGGCAGGCACCAGGUCAGGCCCCGAGCCCCCUGCCUGACAUGCACGACCCUGAGGUUUUGUUGGGUCAGAAAUGACCUCUUGACUCCUUCCCAUGUGGGAACUAGAAGGACUGUUUCCCUUUUUCUUUUAACGUCACUGCCUGCUGUAACCUACGACAUGGGGCUCAGAGUGGGAGGUCUUACUCCUUCCCUCUCACUCUCCCUCCUCCUGUGGUCAUCCACAGCCUGCUGGGGGCCGCGGUGGCCGCCUUGCAAAGGACCCUGUAGUGAUGCUGACCCGGGGUGCCUGCAGCACUUUGCCUGCCUUUCUGGGUUGGCUUCUGGAAGUACCAGCCAGGCCACAGAGGAAACCCGAGGCUGCGCCGGGCCCUGUGCACCUCAGCGGGCUUGGCAGGGCCUCAGUCAUCAUGGCCAGCCCUCAGCGGCGACCCAGAGACCCCAGGCAGGCCGGAAAUCCAGGCCUCGGGGUCCCGAGAGACAUUCCUUUCUGCAAACCAUCGUGUAAGAGUCCACGGCUGCUGGGCUCUCAGACCUAGCACCUGGGCCCCACAGUGCUCAGCGUGGCUCCCCGUGUACUUGGACUGUGUCCACUCUGAACAGAUCAUGGUCCUUCCCUAAAGACAUGUCUGUGCUGGACCCUCCACCCCCCACCAUGCUCUCGGUGCCCCCCCCAUCCCAGAGCAGGCCCCCCUGGCUGGGGCGGAGCAGGGAAUGGGCUGAAGGUGAGCCGCUCUGCCCGGCUCCCACGUCAGAUCGCCUCAUAGAACCAGAGCCUGUGGGCCAACUCGAAUGUCCAGAACCAUGGAACCGUCUUACCUAACUGGCGCGUGCAGUUGGGAGGAGCUCGCGUUUGCCAGGGGAGAUGCUGACACAUUCAACCAGAUGUUGUGGGACCAAGCAGCAGUCAGACUGACCAGAGGAAGAGGGGGUUUGAGGCGUCUGUGCACAGCAGUCAGUGGCAGGCCGAUGACAUCAGCUUCCCGGGGUCCUUCGGGGCAGCCCCACACUCGGCAAGCCACGUGGGUAAGCCUCAAGCGUGUCCCGGACAGAGGGGCACUCGGCCAGCAAUGUGCCCGGCCCUGCUCGCCAGGAGGCAGCAGAGGUCAGGGAUGCAGAGCCCUGCAGGGUAGCAGACCAGCCUGUGCCACCUACGAGGGAACACUCUGCCCGAUGCCCCAGGCCCAGGCCCAGAACUACUGCCCUGUCCUCAGAGGGGCCCAGCUAUCAGCUCGCAGGGCCUCAGAGGCCCUGAGACGCCACGUCCCAGAAGGGUGCCACAGGCUGGUGUCUGUCACGGUGUCCACCACACGUGCGCUUGCCGUGAACUCCGGCUCCCGCGGUGCCAGCGGGGCCCUGUCGCUUGCCGCGCUAUCAGAGGCCUUGUGGACUAAAUGAGGGGCUGUCUGCAAGCUCGAGCUGCUCCAGGCCUGCCUCCAGCUCAGUCGCUUAGAAGUAGGCACGUGGGGCUCCCUGGGAGACCGUCCUGCACCGUCGCAUCUGCAGUAGACAUGGAUGGAGCCACCGGAGCUGACGUGCCCCCCGCACCCCACAGGCAGAGGGUUCUGAUCGCCCAGCCUGGGGGGUACGUGACCUGAACCCCGUCCGAAUGGAAGCCUGACCUCAGUGUGUCUAACCCCUGCCCGGAGCCAGCUUUCACACUCUGCACGGAGACUGGGGUGCCCGGACCGGUAACGGGCAGAUGCCCGGCCUGUACUUACAAAGGGAGAAACCCUAUUUUUUAAAGCUGAACUCUUCAUGGAACACGGGCCCAGCUCUCCCGCAAUCGAGACGGACCAACACGUUCCUGGGACCACGCACCAACCCUCCAGGUUGCCUGCCGUGCGCACCCCCUUCUGAUCCCGCGGCCACGGACAGCAGCGCCUCAAAGCCGUAACUCCAGAGCCGCGUAGAACAUCCUGCCGUGGUGGAGUCUGUCCCGCUGCCUACGGCCCCCCUGCCCUGCUCUCUGGGGAGGUGAGACAGAGACGCAGCGGGAUCCUGGUUCCUGGAGAGUCAGAGCCCCAGGUGCAGCCUGAAGUCGGAUGCACGAGCCCCCUCCCUCAGCCCCGUGCCCCCAUCAGAGGGUAAGAACCAGAAGUCGCUCCUGUCUCCCGGACCCAGGAAGAUCCGUGGGUGCCUCCAAAGCUGGCAUCUGAGGAAGUCGCAGCAGUGUUCCCCUGGGAGGGGUUGUUGUGUCCCGAGGCUGUUACCUUUCUCACCAGUAACAAGGCACGUGGGAGGGCUUUCUGGGUACAGAGGGAGCACCUGACUGAGGUACAAAGACGGAAACCAUUGUAUUAGGGGACCUGGCAAGAGACGGGAGCCGGGGGGCGGUAUGGGCCCUGGUGUGUGGACAAGGGGUGACUGUACACGCUGGGCUCUGCUCCGUGGCUUUGCCCCCCGUGGACUUCUUGAAGAACUGCUCAGAGUCAUCGCCGCCGACAGCUGUGGGUCAGGCCUUACCACAACAGGCAGUGGAAGCCAUGGCCAGCGGCAGGCCGAUCUCACAGCAGCCGCCCCCGCUGAGGGCCCGCAGGCCCCAUAACCGAUCCACAUUCGGGGCCACAGUCAGGGAACCGGCCCCAAGAGCUGCCAGCCCAGGUGCUCAGAAAAGGCCGCGCCAAUGGCCCAGCUCCCAGAACCCGGGUCUUGGCGGUCAGGCACGCUAAGUGUCCCCUUCUCUCGGCUCCACAGGGGACAGUUUCUACACCCGAGGCCCUGGGCUCUAGGCCUUGACACCCCCCCCCCAACUCCCCUUCACAUGGGACACCAGCCAGCCCCUCACACGGGGGCCAGGCCUUGUUCUCCGGGUUCCCAGCAGGCACCCUCCCCUCCAGUCUCUUCCAGAAGCCUUUAUGCCUCAGCCUCCUCUGUACCAGCACCAGAGUCCAUUCCCUGUGAGGGGUUCCAGUCCCGGGGCCAGCUCGCUUCGCCCUGUUGUGGAACUGACGGCCAAGAACAGGCCCGGCUUUCAGCCCAGAGCCACCAGAGAAGGACCCUGCGAGGGCCCCGCCUGCCCAGGAGGCGUCCCCAAAAGGCCACCCCUCAUCCUCCCUCUCCACCCCACAGGCAGAAAUUGCCCUGACCUUCCCGCAGUGUUUCACUGGGACCCGCCACACGCAGAGGGUGCCCCGGUGUGGAGGCCUCUGCCCCAACCAGGUCCUGGACGCCCAUCACUUUUCAAAAUAUUUUGCAUUGUUUCAUUAAAGCGAACAUUAAAUAUUUGC